AUACACUAGUCACAUACUCGUAUUGCAAUGGAACAAGCUAUGCUGGCCGCUUUGAAAUGGGUGAGACAUGUAGAAGACGCAGACCGACGUUCGCUCCACGACGCUUCUCGUGGGUUAGAUGCUGCAAAAAACAUAAGGCGGCCCCAGCACUCUCAGAGAAUGCUAUUCCAAGCCGCGAUCAUACAAUCUCCUUUCUGUCGCUCCCUCAUUUUGCACUGGCAAUCUACUACUUCCCCGAGCGGCCAUGACAAGAUAUGAACAUUGCAUGCAGACGUUAUGCAGACCCCCAUUUGUUACGUGUAGCGCUCUUCAGGCCUAUAAACCCUUCGUCUGGGUUUUCUGUGCCAGUAUCUCAUUGUUAAGCGCAAGGCAUCUCCUAGUGGAGCAAAAUAUACAUUAUCCUCUGCAACUUUACUUUAAUCAGCUGGCUGUCACUGCUAUCAUUCUGUUCCGGCCACGUCUGGGAUGGCAAUAUGUUCAGAAGCUUUCUCGUGGAGACCUACAGCUCUGGAACUCGAUGACAAGAGGAACAUCACUCCUUUUCACAUCGAUGUGCUUCACAUCUUUGUCAACGAUAUGUAUGCUGCAAGCGAUUCUGCAUUUUUACAAUCUACCAACUCUGGCCAUGAUCACACUUAUAGCCCUGUUCUCUGAGAACCUAUUACUUUACAUCACCCGCGCGAUACCACACACGUACGCCGAACUCCUUCGUAUCGGUCUUCUGACCCUAGUGGGUGCGGCACUUCUAUUCGGAGAGUACCGACUCACCGUGCCCAACCUAUCAAUGUCAAUUAUGGCCAUGCUGCUUGCUGGAGCUGCCCGAGGCCUUCGAAAACUUGUCGUCAAAUAUUAUCCAGAGGAAGUUGCGGAGAACGUAGUUCGGACAACUCUACAUGUUUUUCCAGGUGCGCUGGUAGGCGUAGCUUGGAUAAUGGUAUUCGAAACAGGCCAUCAGGCUUUCGCCCUCGGCGUCGAAAGCAUCCCAUUGCUCACCCUUAAUGCCUCGGCAUCUGCUGUAGCAAUGCUACUAGGAAAAUCGACGUUGCUUCCUAUGCAUAGCGAAGUAGCUGACACGUCUUCUCAGACGAUUGAUGGUCCGGUAGAUCGCAUCUGGGAUGCGUUAACUCUGGCACUUUUCACUGGCCUUGUAGGAUGCUAUUCUACACUAUUGAUGGGCCGCUCGUACACAAACACAUACCAAUUUUUCUGCUUCUUGCUAGCGAUGGCGUACAUUGGCAGCAGUGCUUACAUCGGUGGAUCCAGUAUUCGUUUGCAGUAUCCUUGGAGUGGUCCUGGCAAAUAUGAGCUUAUAAGCCCACUUUCGACGUUAUUAACAGAAAAUGGCAACGCUGAUAGUCUCAUGGAGCAGUUUCACUACCCUGGAGUGUCAGCAUUGAAAUCAAGCUCACCAAACAAUAAGUCUAGCAGGCACUUGCUUGGUAUCACCAUAACCACACUCUGGGCGGCGUAUGGAAUUCUGAAUUUCACUGAGCGACAGGAGCGUCGCAUUCCAACACUCCUUGACCAAGAUUACGUACCAGAGUUGCCUUUGGAAGUUGUACUGAGCAUGUACAAGGAGCCCGUUGACGAAGUAGGUAAGCUCAUCAACCAUCUGCAGAGCAUAUCAGCUCUUUCCGACGCGCGCAUCACAAUCUACAUCAAAGAUAGAGAGGCCAACAACACCUACGUCAAGCAACAAACAGGAGCCGAUCAUGUUAUCACACUACCGAACAUUGGACGAGAGGGUGAAACGUUCCUCAACCAUAUCCUUAAUAGGUGGGACAAUCUCGCAAGACAGACAAUCUUCCUACAGGCCGGUAUACACAAUCCGAGAGAGUUCUAUACCUAUAUGAGCAAUUAUUACAGCCGUGCUCAGACUGGAUUCCUAAACCUUGGUUGGCCUGGUCGUCUCUGCGACUGUGAGAAUUGCAGUGACAGGUUCGGCUGGCAAGACAACCUACGCUUUAUUCCGCAGGUCUACAACCAGGUAUACAACUCAACCCUCUGUAAGAAAGUCCUUCUUAGCUAUAAGGGCCAAUUUAUUGUUUCUGCUGCACGUAUUCGCGGUAUUGGCAAAGCCGUAUACUAUGAUCUGUGGCAGGCCUUCGCUGAUACAAAUAGCUGGGCGCAUCAACCCAGUUAUCUACAAGGACGGCCAGACUCAAUGAGUGCGCCAGAUUUCGGCUAUACGAUGGAGAGGUUGUGGAACUUGUUGUUCCAAUGUUCUAGCGUUGACGUGGCUUGGAAGUGUCCUACAUUGCUGAGUGGAUGGCGUCUUGGUGGUAGUAUUGGCGAUUGCCAGUGUUUUGAUAUGUAGGUUGUAGGUAGUAAUCUACAUUAUAGUAUAUAUUGUUAUAUUAUAACAAUACUUAAUUAUUCAAAGAUGAGAUUUUAGAGGUCGAUGUUGAUUAAUCAGAUGAAUACAUAAAUAGCGAUCACUUGGAUAGCUAGCUACCAAAGUCCAAAGGAAAGGCC